AUGCCUUACGACGGACGUCCUCACAUCCACAUCGGUUUCCAAAACAUACUGACCAUAAUGGCUAUAGCUCGCCACGAGUCCUUCACCACGUUUGAAGGCAAAAUGUACAGAGUGCCUCCUUUCCAAAAGGACAAGCUCCUCAGACGGACUGACCGGGCUGUCUUCUGCAAACAACAAGACUGCAAAGACUGCACCCGCGAUCCCUACGGCAAGUCGACCUACCACGCGGACUGCUUCAUGCUGUUCAACCAGUUCUGUCUUUCCGAGGACAAGUUCUGCCGCCUCUUCAUGGCGGCUAAGCGGACCUCCGCCGUCGACGGCGUGGAGCACCUUGACGAGCUCUACGACCCCGUCGCAUCUCAGCAGCUCAACAUCGUCUUCGAGCUGCUCGGCCUUCCUCGGCUGCCCCUGACCGUGUGCCGCAGUAUCUGGUCACUGCUCGGCCCUACCUCGACGCACAUUGCUGCCAGGUUCUGCACCGUCUUGCAGCUUGCCGCCGAGCUGAAUUCGGCCCCGCUGGUGCCCAGCAACUGCCCCCUCUCCGAGGUGCGCCUCUUCAAGCGUGGCCAGUACAUCAGGGUCAACAAGACCAUGGGAGCCGAGCGCCCCUACGUCCGCGUCAUCGAAGACUCUCGGGGCAUCAAGAGGAUUGAGAGGGUGAUGACCCGAAAGGAGUCCAAGUCCAAGACGGAAGUCAGCACCUACAUGGGAGAGCGCCUGUUUUCUUUGAUGACUAUUGAUUUUCGCGUGAGUAAAACACAAUUGAUACACCUCAUUAUUUGA